UUUGUGGUUGCAGUUGCGCUGUCAACCUUAAAGGUGCAUGCACAACAAUUGUCUUGGAGUGUGUGUGAUGGGAAACAAAAAACAAAGAGGCUUAUGCUGUGCUGGUUGAGAGCUGUUGAGCCUGCACUCGCCUUCCUGUGGCCCCUGCCUUGAGAACCUCUUUCUGAUUUCAGCUUGUCCAUGUGACUCGGGUUUCCGCUGCUUGCCUGCUUCCGUGAAUAGUAAAAAGAGGUAUUGGUGUUUCUCUCAGAGCAGAGGAAGACAGCUGAAUCUCACACACGAGAAGACACUCUGCGAUAGCGAGUCAACCAGCGAUAUGGUCAGGGGAUCAACCGUCAGUGGCUUGGGAAAUCCACACCUAACCACCACAUGAGGAUGUUAAAAUGCCAGUCCACAGGAUCCAUCACAUCCUGCUUUGCUUGUUACACAUGUGGACAACCCUGACUUCAGUGUCAAGUCACCCACAACACAGCAUAUGCCAGCUGAUACAAAGAACGGCUGUCUGCAACAAUGGCAAUCUCUCCUUUGUGCCUGCAAGACUCCCGAAGGACCUGGAGGAGCUUCAGCUCAACCAAAACAACAUUCAAACACUACAGAACAGUUCGCUCCUCAAUUAUCCCUCACUAAACACCUUGAGCUUAGCUUGUAAUAGUUUAGAACAAAUUGAAUUAAACACCUUUCAAGACUUAAAGUUGUUACAAAGCCUCAAUUUAGCCAAAAACAAGCUUCAUGUUGGGUAUGAAGAAACCAGCCAUGCAUUAAAGACUCUACCCAGGCUAAGGGCUCUGGAUCUAUCUGAGAAUGAGCUUAAUGAUGAAAUGAUAGCCACUCUCCUCCAAAAUCUGACAUCCCUGGAGUAUCUCAAUCUUUCGGGAAACGUCUUGGGGAGGCUGGAUGAGACGUCGUUCAGUGAUCUCCACCAACUCAAAGAACUGGACCUACAGAGGAACAUCAUGUACGAGAUUGCUGGCGCCUUCGACAGCAAUCCCAAACUCCAGCGGCUCAACCUGGCCUUCAACUAUCUGCUUUGCCUGACAGACUUCCACACGACCCAGCUGGUGGUCCUCAAUGCCAGCCACAACUUCAUUGAAUGGUUCAGCUCCAGACAGGACCUUAAUGACACGUUCCUGCUAGAGACGCUCGAUCUAUCAGAUAACAGACUGUUCUUCUUUCCUUUCUUGCCUAACCACAGCCACUUGCGGAAUCUUUACCUAUCCCACAACAACAUUAGGUUUUACGAACACUUGGCAGACAACAGCACAUUGCCGAACUCGACAACAACUGUUGAGUUCUACAAUAUGAACAAGUAUUCGGGCAACGUGACGGCCCAGCUGUGGGAUGAGAGCAUUCAUGGAGACAUCGCAUCUCUAGAGAUUUUGGAUCUAAGAGGGAACCAGGUGCAGUAUUUUCCUCACGGAUUCAUCCAGAAAAUGCCUGUUCUGUCGAGACUUCAAAUGUGCACAAACUGUCUGGAAACCUUGAAUCUAACCUCCGAACAGUUCUCUGGCAGCUUGUACGAGUUGGACGUUAGCAACAACAGGCUGAACCAGAUCGCAGCAGAUAUAGGUAUGCUGACAGCUCUUGGAAAUCUGACAUACCUUAACCUCAGCCUGAACGACAUUAAGUUGUUACCCUCUGGAUUAUUUUCCUCAUUGCCAAGCCUCAGGUCAGUGGAUCUGAGUUAUAACAACGUUGGCUUUUGCCUUCCUGAGGAAUCUGAGACUAAAACAGACAAUAGUACAACUUGCGUGGAUUGGAAAAACAUUGCAUCCUUAAGGCAGCUUUUCCUUAAAGGUUGCAACCUUGAAAUAAUUCCAUCAUCUGCAUUCACUGGGUUGUCUCUAACGCACCUGGAACUGUCAGACAACCCUGGAGUCAUUGUCCAAGAGUCACUAAAAGGUCUAAGAACAUUACAGCAUCUAGGUUUAGGAAACACUUACAUACAAGACUUUGACUUCUCCCAUUUCCAAAGCCUGAAGUCUUUAAUCAUUUCCGGUAACUAUCUUUCCCAUCUUCCCCCUUCCCUUCUUAAUCUCGAUUUAAAAGUGCUGGAUUUGAGGGACAACAAAAUGUCCACUAUUCCCUCUAUUCAGGCCAACACAUUAGCCCAGAAACUGCACACUGUUUUCCUAACAGGAAAUCCGUUCAACUGCUGCCAAACCGAAUGGUUCCGGACAUUUGAAACAACAAAGACUAUCAAUAUGGUCGGACAAUCACACAUUGAAUGUGAGGAUCUCAUCCAAAUGAGAUACAGAGUGGAGCACUUUCAGCUAUUUGUGUGUAAUCAGACAGAAGAGGAAUCUAUAUUGUGGUACAUUCUGCUUUUUGUACCUAUCUGUCUUUCUUUUGUUGGCAUAUCCGUUAUUGUUCUCCUCACCUCUAAGCCCAAAAUGCUACCAAUGUCAAUCAAAAAGAAGUGCCUGAAGCCAACAUCCUACUGAUACUUUAUAAAUCGAAACAAAACCAUGUUGUGUACAGUAUAUUAUUAAUAAAUGUAACUGAAUAUAUUUUGGAAAUAAAUUCAAGUCAUUGUAAUGAAACAAUCAUUCUAUGAUAUGUAUUUGA